CCUGGCGGUCCAGAACAUCAGAACGAGUCGUUGCGCAGAACAUAUAUUAGGUUUACAAAUAACUUUUUCCUUCUUCCUAAAAGGUUGGGGGUGAAGACAUUGCGCGACGUGCUAAUCUAGGUUAGUCAGAAAGAUUCAAACGCCCAAAUCGUACUUAUUGAAUAUCAAUAUCAAAGUAAUAUCGGAAUAUUAUUUUUAUUGUUACGCUGACAAAGUAACUGGCAACUCUAAACCUACUGAGCUACUGACACUGACAGUGACAUUGAUAUUUGACAUUAAGUUAGGCAAAUAAGUUUUUGUUUUUGUUUAUAUCUUUAUCUUAAACCUUUGCUGUCCAUUAAAUAAAAAGAUCAAAGUUGUCAUAAUUAAUUAGCAAAUAAAUAUUGGUCGCUCAUUACAAUGAUAUCGGAGUUCGCAAAAGAAAAAGUAUUUUGGACACGAAAAAUGAAUUUGAAAUUGGUGUACUUUAUUAAAAACAACCCAAAUGUCUGGAAUCCAAAGCAUCCAAAAUACACAUCUGUUGAACACAAAGAUCAGACAUACGCGGAAUUUGCAGCUCUGUAUGGUGAUAAAUUUACUGGUCAAGCUGUGAAAAACCGAUGGACUAAUAUUAGAUCAACUUUCGCAAAUUAUUUGAGAAAAUUCAAAGCAAGCCGCGCAAAUGGUGAGGAAAGUAAAAUAAACUGGCACCUAUGGGGACCUUGUCAAUUUUUGAUGAAAGUGAACAGAACUGUGAAAGAUUCUUCUUUAAACUUGAAUCAAUCUGAAGAAAAGAUUUCAGAAUUAACACACAAUCAGUACAAUAAUGAUGACAAUAAUGCUGAAGACACUUUUGUACAUGAAAGAAAUACUAAUUGUAAAGCAAUUGCUGAAAAUCUUGUAAACAUAUUUAAAAAAAUGCAAAAUGAUCCCUUUGGUCUUGAUAAAACUAAAUAUGGUGAGAUCGGACAAACAGUGUCAAAAAGAUUAUCAGAAAUGGAUUCAUAUGAUGCGUCUAGAGCUGUAGUAAAAAUUACAGAAAUUCUAUUAUUGUAUGAUGAACAAAAUCUAUUAAAUCCAAAUAAUUUUAAAAAUGAAUUGUAAAAAUGUAUAAUAUUAACUAAAAGUACAUCAUAUGUCACUGCUAUUCAAUGCAAAUGUUUAAAUUUGAAUCUCAUUAAAAUACUAUAAAAAAAAGAAAAUUGUUAAAAGUAUGAAAUUGUAAUCUUUAACUUAAACCAGGAAAUCAUCCUAAUUUGUCAAAUAAUGCAACUGCAUUCACUCCAAAUUGUACUAAUUGCAAUAUUUAUUGAUACCACAAUUUUCGGUGGAAAAACCGAGGCAUCAAAAAAAAUUUACAACAUUAAAAAAAAUAAUUCUAAAUCGAUGAUCUUUUUAAUAUUUAAAUAUUUUCCUUCAAUGCGUUAAAAGAAUUACUCAAGUGGUGAAAAUUUUAAGCAAAAUUGUUGCCAUGUUUAGAUGACAGUUGUAUGACAGAAGAUUAUUAAGUCUGCUGACGACAAAGUGGAAAAUAAAUUCAGGUGGAACAUUA